AUGGCGAGUGUGCACCUGAGAAUCGGGGACUUGGUUUGGGGAAAACUGGGACGGUAUCCACCCUGGCCUGGAAAAGUUGUAAGUCCCCCGAAGGAUUUGAAGAAACCAAGGGGCAAAAAAUGCUUUUUUGUGAAAUUCUUUGGAACUGAAGAUCAUGCCUGGAUAAAGGUGGAACAGCUGAAGCCUUACCACCCACAUAAAGAGGAGAUGAUCAAAAUUAACAAAGGCAAACGGUUCCAGCAGGCAGUGGAUGCAGUGGAGGAGUUCUUGAGGAAAUCCAAGGGGAAAGAACAGGCAUCACAUAAUUAUAGUAAUUCUGAAGACAAAAACAAAUCAACUGCAGCUGAUGGGAGAAAGCGAAGAAGUCCUACAAAGUCUGUGCAAUCCAUGUUAGAGGAAGAUGAAGAAGACCUACUCUCUCACAAACACAUCAGUCUUCAGAAGGAUGGAAAGGGUUUAACUGUCUCUGACCCUGAACCUUCUUCUGUUCAACGACUGGUCACUGGAACAGCUUCACGAUACAAAUGGGAGAGCAGUCAAGUAAAGGAUGACCCAUAUUUCCAUCACUUCCUGCUCAGCCAGUCUGAGAAGUCAGGUUCUUCAAUGGAGCCCAUCAGCAAAAGACUGAAGAUUAUAGAGGAGGAAAUGGCAUCAACAUCUAUUCAGGCAGCAGACAGCACAGCCCUUAAUGGCAGCAUCACACCCACAGAUAAACGGAUAGGGUUCCUUGGGCUUGGACACAUGGGAAGUGGAAUAGUUUCUAAUCUUUUAAAGAUGGGUCAUGUUGUCACAGUGUGGAAUCGCACAGCAGAAAAGUGUGACCUGUUCAUUCAGGAGGGAGCCAGGUUAGGACGAACACCAGCAGAGGUUGUCUCCAUGUGUGAUAUAACCUUUUCCUGUGUUUCAGACCCAAAAGCUGCAAAAGAUUUAGUUCUGGGUCCCAGUGGUGUGCUUCAGGGAAUCCAACCAGGGAAAUGCUAUGUUGAAAUGUCUACUGUUGACCCAGAAACGAUCAAUGAACUGUCACAGGUCAUCCCAUCCCGAGGCGGUCGGUUCCUGGAGGCCCCAGUGUCAGGCAGCCAGCAGCUGUCUAAUGAUGGCAUGUUGGUUAUUUUAGCUGCUGGAGACAGAACUUUGUAUGAAGACUGUAGCAGCUGCUUCCAAGCUAUGGGAAAAACAUCUUUCUUCUUAGGUGAAGCAGGUAAUGCUGCAAAAAUGAUGCUAAUCCUAAGCAUGGUGCAGGGCAGUUUCAUGGCAACGAUCGCCGAAGGGCUAACAUUGGCUCAAGUCACAGGGCAAUCACAGCAGACAUUCCUGGAUAUUCUGUGUCAGGGACAAAUGGCAAGCACCUUCCUGGACCAGAAAUGCCAAAAUAUUUUGCAGGGAAACUUCAGACCUGAUUACUAUUUGAAACACAUUCAGAAGGAUCUCCGGUUAGCAAUUUCAAUGGGUGAUUCAGUCAACCACCCAACUCCCAUGGCUGCUGCAGCCAAUGAGGUCUACAAGAGAGCAAAAGCGCUGGACCAGUCUGACAAUGACAUGUCAGCAGUUUACAGAGCCUAUAUUCACUGAAUCUGAAAGUAUACAUCAGAUUCUGCACCAUAUAUAUUUUUUAUUUCCUUUUUUAUAAAUUUGCUCAGAUUCUGCCUGUUUGGCAGCAGUGAUGUUAUUUUCCCAUAUGAGAUGGGAGCAAUUAUUUGUAAACCUGAGCAUUGCACUGACUUUGUACGAUAGUAACAUGAGCUUACUCAGCUCCUCACUGUUUUUUU